UCCACAAGGACACAUAAAGCACUUUAACUUUAGCCACCGUUGGACUUCUAGAUUUCCUCAAUGGCAGAGAACAAGCCGUACCGCUAUGGUCUCAUUGUUUUGGGAAUGGCGUUCGUGGCGUUGGGUAUGUUCAUGAUUUCUGUGGAGGAGCCUCAUGUGUUCGCCACGUUCUGCUCUAUGGGCGUGAUAAUGAUGGGCAUGGGGACUGUUUGGACUGUGUGCCAGUGUUACCCCAGGGUGACCGUCAUACUGCAGGAGAAGGAAGAGCUCUGUGGGACUGAAAAACAGGACCUGAUUGAAGGAAGAUCAAAUGAAAAAAGUGCUGCUAAACCAGUAAAAGCUCCUUUGGCUGGCUUCUGUGAUGAUGAUGAAGCAGAAAUAUCUGCAGACCCAAAGCUCUACACUGAGAGUAAACGGAGUGAUCGCGUCAUCGUCCUCCAAACGUGUCGAAGCUCUCCCAGCGUUCUGACCUGCUCCAGCUCUCCACAGACGGACAGAAAAACCUCCAGACCAGACCCCAAUAGAGAAAUGUACUAUGGGAAAGUGAAGGACUCGUGUAACCCCACAUCUGAGCUGGAGAGUGAAUAGUUUCUGUUUAUCCAAAUGUUUUUCAAAUAGUUUAACUAAUACCUUCUGAUUAUCCCUAACCCUACACUGUUAGUGAUAUCCUGUAGAAUCUACAGCAACUUACUGGCAGCAGUUCACCAGUAACUUGCUGUAAAUCAAUUACAGCAAAAAUGCUCUAUUUACAUUUACAGCACCAUUUGUCUUGCUGUAUAUGUAUUUACAGUAUUGUGCCUUUACUGUAAAAUAUACAGUAAUAUUCCCAUUGCACCUUUCAAGUACAGUAACAUACUGCAAACUGACCUACAGUAAAAAUCAGUUCUUAUUACAGUUGAAUACUGUGUAAUUGACAAAAAUCUUUAACAGUGCAACCCUAACAUUUGACGUCUGAAAUAAAACAAGAUUUGCCUGAAACCUGUGUUAAAAAAAAUUAUAUCCCCUUCGAUCUCAGUGCCCAUUACAAUGGACAUCGCAUGUCAUCCCAUGUUUUUUUGUGGUUCCUGAGCAUUUCAUCUAAUUUAAUGCCUGCAGUCCAUGAGAGUGCUCGAUUGUCAUCCAAUCAAAUGGUGGUAAGGCUCGGCAUGUUGCAAUUUAAAAAAAAUUCUCUACACUGAAAAACAGCAUGGCAUCCCUUCACUCCAUACACAGACGUAAGCCACAUUUAUAAUGUUUUUAGUCAGAGUUAUUUAUAUGUUUGCCAAUGUUUCAUUGAUUGUAUGUAAAAAAGAAGGAUUGCACUUACUAAUUAAAGUUUCAAAUCUUCUGUAACAUUGUAAGCUUUA